UUUUUUCAUUUAUUUGAUUUAUUUCCACAUUUUAAGUUCCUCCUCCUCCACGGCCCAAAAACGUACAAUGCGAAAUGCAUUAAUCCGAUUCGGACGUUCUCCACGUUCUGCAACAUUGAGAAGUGCAAUGGUCCGUUUUGGUAAACGUUCAGAGAAUUCUUCGAAUAAUGAAUUAUUGGAAAGUAAAAGGAACAGUGCCCCACAACCUUUUGUUCGUUUUGGACGUUCAUUCUCUUCAAUACCUUUUAAUGAUUCUCCAUGGUGGAUUGCAAGAUUUGCUUUUCUUUGA